AUAUAUUAAUAUUAGGUAUUUGCUGUAGAUUUGAUUUCGUUAGUCAUCACGGCUCUGCCUUUUAUCUUCUGCGUUUCAUCCUCUCAGUCCCUGGCCGCAAUUCCAUCUUCGGCAGUCCUACGCGUUUUCUAGAGUUUCUGUGCAAUUUCUCCGGUGGUUGAGGAGUUGAAUACAAUGGUAAAAGAGCAUGAAAAAAAUCCGUCUGUAUUGCAAAACAAUGAAUUCAUUGCAUCUACUUCACAAGGUCUACUGUGUGAACACAAAGAUAGCAAAGUGAACUAUUUUGAUCUUGGACUGUGUGAAUCAUGCUACAAGGAUGAAGCGGGAAUUUUCUCUGAUAUCGAUGACGAAGAGGUUGAUGGGUACCUUUGCAACGAGAAAGAGAUGCAAUGCAAGAAUAUAAUAUGGGAAAAUAGGCGCCAAGAGGAUGAGGAGCAAGCAGCUGAUGAAGCAGCUGCAGCAGCUGAUGAAGCAGUUGCAGCAGCUAAGAAGGAAUUUUAUGAAGCUAUUUUGAAUAAAUGUACUAUGGAGGAUAUGCUAGAAGCAAAAGAACAUUAUGAAUCUGCUGUUGCAACUUUGGCAAAAUUCAGAACGAGGCUCGGUAACAAAGUCAACUUCGAUCGCCUUGAAAAAUUAUCUGAAGACGAAGAUCGCCUUGAAAAAUUAUUUGAAGACGAACCAUUGGCUGAUGAGGAACAUUACUGAUGAGGAACCGAAGAUUGAUGAAGUCGUUGAAUGUUCAACCGUCGUCUUAUUUAAGCUUGCAUAAUUGGGUGGAUUUUUUUUUUUUGUUGGUAAAUAGAGAUAUUUUUCAUUAACCAAAACAGAUAUUACAAACUACAUGGAAUCAGAAAACACUAAAACCAAGAAACAAGAGCUAAGCUCAAACAAACAAAAAGAACCAUUAGCCUCGCACCCGAAUCAUCAGAGUUUGCACCUUCUUGAAUUGCAAUCCUCUAACAUAAGCAUCCAUUUUGAUUUGGUUAAGGAGUUGUUGAACAGAUCGGUAACAAUUCUGAAAUUUUCUAUCA